GCGCGGGGAAUGAGAAAAUGCGCACACUGUUGAAAGUAGGAAAGAGAAGGGAGACACCAGCUUCUAACCGGCUCGUAGCAAUCACGACAAGACAUUCAAACUGAGCACCGCGAGAAUUCAAGACAAUGUCUGGAGGUUUUGAACAGCGAAUAUAUCCACCAAGUAGCCCACGGUCACUGUGAACAAUGCUCCCGACUCAAAUGUGCAACAUGAGACAUCUCUGAUAACAACGACUGCGCAGUCAUUCAGAAGCACAAGCGAUGCACAGAAACCCCCUGAUGUCCUAAAAUCAAGGUUGGCCAUAUACCAGCACGUGUGCUCUGUCUUUAGACAAGUCGGCCGGUUCUCUUUGUUUCAGUGUCCUGUGGUUCAGUCUGGGCGUGACCAACAUGUGGCUCCACCUCACCAGACCAGGUCUGACUGCGUGCUCUUCGUCCAGCCUUCUGUGAAGACGUGCCAGACCUUCAGACCACAUGCCUUCACACUAUUAUAAGGUCUGCAGACUCAAAGUGCAGUCAAAGGAAGAAACGCUCAUGGAUACGGGACCACAGCCAGAAGAACACUGACACCCUUGAACAUACAGAGACCCAUCAGAGCACUGUAGUGUGUUCAGACAGCCACUCAGUGUGUGUGUUUUGCCAGUCCCAAAUGUUGGCACAAUGGACUGGGUCUCUUACCUGAGAUUAAUCAGAAUCCUGGAACACCCCGGGUCUGUGCGUGCAUUUGGACCAUGUGAAGUGUUGGAACUGUUAGUUUUAGGCUGUUGAUCCAUACGGGCGUUCCCUUGCGGUCACGGAGAGUGUUCUGAGAAAGAGACUGUCAUCCCAGGUGUUGGUCCCAUCAGGCACAGGCUGGGGUGACGGAAGAAUCGGGCGGAAGGCGGCUUCGAGGACCUCCUCACUAAUCAGUCCCUGCAUCCAGAGGCCUGGAUCUGCAGGGAGAUGCUUCAGACUGACAACUACUCACUGGUGCUGCUGGUCCAGCUCAUGCUGCUGACCUACGACCUCCUGGUCAACUCCUUCAGCGAGCUGCUUUGGACCACACCUGUAGCCCAGCUGGUGCUCUACAUCAUCCAGGACAUCGGCGUCCUGUUCAACCUGAUGAUCGUCCUGCUGAUGCUGUUCAACACCUACGUGUUCCAGGUGGGCCUGAUGUCCCUGCUGCUGGAGCGCUUCAGGGCCCUGCUGCUGGUCUGCCUGCUCUACCUGGCCCUCACCAUCGCCUCCCACUGCUGGCUCAUGAACCUGCGGUGGCUGAACUUAAACAAAUUUGUCUGGACAGAUGGUCUCCAAGCGCUGUUUUUCUUCCAGAGAAUGGUGGCAGUGUUAUAUUACUACCUCUACAAGCGGGCGGCAGAACACCUCGCUGACCCCCAGCUCUACGAGGACUCCAUCUGGCUACGCGACGCGUUUGCCCGAGCCCGUCAGUAAGGGCGGGGCACAGAGGGGACGGACAGGGGUCAGAAAGUCGACCCGCAACGGCCAGAGCCAAGAUGGACGGUACUGCAGACACGAAGGAGACAUCGCAGUGAACAGUACCAGGUUGAAGGAAACCGUGGACACAGAGGCGGAGAGAGACUGCGGCGGACCGGGCUGCACGAUUGAUCCAGGGGGCUGGACUGAACACUAAGACAACUUUCCACAGGCAUGACGAAGCGAGUUUGGAACAGUUUUAAUCUGGACUGAGGAGUUGCUUUGGCUGUGAUUUAAUGAGACAUUCUGCAAAGUCGGCGUUCACAUGGGGCUUCUCGCGUAGGAGAGGACGCUGUGGAACAGGAAAAAAGUGUUUCCUAAAUUGUUUCAUUGUUUACAAAAAUGACAGCUUGUCAAAUCCGUUUGUGUGGUCAUCUACUCAGUGAUCUCUGCUUUGCUUUGGAUGGCUCAAUGUAAACGCGCUCAAACUGACACAAGUGGAUCAAGGAGUUGUCUUUAGUAGGAUUUUAUCUUUCAUACUCAGUGAUGUAGAAUCACUCCAGUUGGAAUCUGAGUCAAGUGUGAAUGCAUUUGCCAUUAGAAUUGAAAGUCAUAACUUAAGUGCUUGUUCCCCAUAUUUUAAAUGUCAUAUACCAGUGUUAGUGGCCUUGGAGCAUGUUUAUGCAAAAUUAAGAACAGAGAACGUUGUCUGGGAUUCCAAUUGACACUUUCUCUUCCCGGUUGUGCAAAACCUGUGUCAGAAUGCAAUAUUCCUUGUUUAACAGAGGAUGGCACAUUUGGUUUAUUGAUUAUUUUUUAACGGUCAAUUGAAUUGAACUGGGUACUGUUGUAUUGGUCCAUAUAAAGUGCAGCUUGUGUAUAAAAUUUUAUAGGCCGUUAUGCUUGACCUGAGCGGCCAAAUGUAACCAUCUGCACAAUACACAAGAAGUUAGUCCCACUCAGUUUUAUCUUGUACCAUUUUAGUUACAGUACACUACUGAAUUCAUUUUGUGGUAUUGCACACACACAUAUUUCUGUGUGCUCUGCCCUUAAUUUCAAUCAAACUUAUUGUUUCAUGUGCAAAAGUUUUUGUUGAGUGAAGAAUAUGAAAAAAUCAAUUCUAAUUCAUUAAUGUACAGAGAAUUCAUGCGUUAGUGUAUCAUAAUAAAUUCCAAGGGCACCUGA